CAGCCUGUGACACUCAGUGGAUUGCCAGCUAGGGAGCAACGCGAUCUGUUAGAAGAAACUUUGAGGACAGCAACGAGCGCCUGAGCAGGCCCAGCCACUCUGCAUUGUUCAAAAGGAGUAGACAUCUUUGAUAUUUGCCAAGUUACUUCUUUAGGGAUUGGGGGACCAUUGGGGGACCAUUUGUUGGUAUCCCUAAAGACCAGUAGAGUUUUUGUUUUUCCACUGUGCAAUGAGUAUCUCUCUGGGGUAUUCACAUUCCACAAAGCAAGACAGCACCAUGGACAGCUUGGAGAAACAGCUCAUUUGCCCUAUCUGUUUGGAGAUGUUUACCAAACCGGUGGUCAUUCUCCCUUGUCAACACAACCUUUGUCGAAAAUGUGCCCAAGAUAUUUUCCAGGCCUCAAACCCUUAUCUAUCGACCAGAGGAACCACUGUGACUUCAGGGGGGCGUUUCCGCUGCCCAUCCUGCAGACAUGAGGUGGUUCUGGACAGGCAUGGUGUCUAUGGCCUCCAGAGGAACCUGCUGGUGGAGAAUAUCAUUGAUAUGUACAAACAGGAACAGGAGUCCUCAAGCAAGCCUGAGCCUGAGCCUGCCAGGUGUGACCAGCCCAUGUGUGAAGAGCAUGAAGAUGAGAAGAUCAACAUCUACUGUGUGACGUGUGGCGUGCCCACCUGCUCUCUCUGCAAGGUGUUCGGAGCCCACAAAGACUGUGAUGUGGCCCCAAUCAACACUGUGUUCAAUAAGCAAAAGACUGAGUUGACUGACUGUAUAGCCAUGCUAGUGGGGAACAACGACAGGAUUCAAGGCAUCAUGAGUCAACUGGAUGAGACCUGUAAGACCGUUGAGGAGAAUGGCAGGAGGCAGAAAUCCAAUGUGUGUGAAAGUUUUGAUCACCUUUAUGCCAUCCUGGAGGAGCGGAAAGGGGACAUGACCCUGAAGAUCAACGCAGAGCAACAGGAGAAACUGGACUAUAUAAACGGCCUCAUGAGGAAGUAUAGAGAGCACCUGGAGAACAUGGCAAAGAUCGUGGAGACAGGGAUACAGACAAUGGAGGAGUCAGAGAUGGCUACUUUCCUGCAGACUGCAAAGCCUCUUCUACAAAAGCUCAUUGCAGGCACUAACAUCUCCAACCUUGACAAAGUGGAGCGUGGCUAUGACAACAUGGAUCACUACGUAGCCAACUUUGAGCGGGAGAGGAGGGCACUGCACACCAUAGACUUUGUGAAAGAUGAUGAAGAUGAUGAUGAGUUUGAGUUUGAAGAUGGAGAAGAGGAAGUAGAAGUGAGUGGAGUGACAGGGGUGACCCGUACAGAUGUCUCUCCUGCUGCUGCAGUGGCGGCAACGGUUGGGGCCAACCCUCCAAAGCCCCAGCUGACAUCACCCCCACCCCUGCCUCAGAGACCUACUGAAACCCUAGGCGACACCGCUACACUGGCCACUCCACAGGCCCCCGUCCAUGCAACAACCCCGGUACAAUUCCCAUCCUUAAACCCAACCCCAACUGCCAGCGCACAGGCCCGCGCCACAACCCCAGUCUACUUCCCAACUUCAACCACAACACCAGUUCAGUUCCCAAACACAGCCCCGGUCAACUUUCCAUCAGCAGAGCCACCGACACAGAUGUCCUCUGAAUCGGGAUCAACUCAGCCAAACACAGAUGACAAAGAUGGACCCAAACACGUCUUCUCCUUUUCUUGGCUGAACAACCAGAAGUAGAUGAUCAUUUUACCUCAAAACCGUACUGAAAUUGUUGUAAUACUCCAUUGUCUUGAUUGAGUCAGCAUCAUGCUGCAGGAACGGUUUAAAUAAGUACUCUGUUACCGUUGAAUAACUGUAAUUUAUCUGUAAAUGCUCUCUAGCACUUGCAGUAUAUUCGUCAUACUGUGAAAACAAACGUCAUUGGGCUGAUCUCUGACUUGAGAAAACUGUGCUUAAUUUGGCACACCUUUGCGCAAUAGAUUUCCGCGCCAGUCAGAAGAACAGCCAGAAUGUAUUUAUACACUCAAUUUAGGCUACACAGCAAGCAAUAAAUGUAACUUUUCAACUUUUUUAUUACAAAUAUAAAUAUUAGACGUUCUCUUGCACAACAAAUGUGAUUGGUUGCUCAUAUUGUAUUUUAUUAUCAAACUUUAACCAGUUGUACAAUGAGAGGGAAUAUCAGAAAGAGAGGAUGAAUGUGUGACUAACAGUAUAUACAAAACAUGUUAUGCUUGAAUAUAAAUUAAGACAAAGGAUAUUUGUUCAGUGUCAGCAUGUCAACGGGCUAUGUUUGCUUCUCAUCAAACAAUGUAAUAACUAUACAGCGAAUUACAACUCGAUUUUACAGCUCUCGUUUAAAUAAAUACAAAUGAUAAAUAAAAUAACGAAAGUUAACCAAUUCAAGAGUAAUACAGAAAUGGAAUAGUACCGUACACUUUGUGCAAGAUGUAAACAAAUUAUUUGGCAAAUGUGUUUCAAACACUUUCAUUUCCCGAAUAUGUCCAUCAUUUUCCGGUUACUAUUUGCCUGCUGUGCUAAUUGCUCGGCUCGAGCCAUUUCUAGAACUUCCCUCAGCAGGUGGAACGUCAGGUCCAAAGAGAUCGGUGGCUCUUCGCCCGGCCCGGACCUCUUUCCUCUUUCCAUGGAAUCACCCAUCUGGUUAGCGUAGCUGUUCAGAAACCGAUUGAUGUCACCGACUUUACCUUGCAGAAGGCGCUGCGUGAGCUGAAGUUGUAAAGCCCUGUUGACCGUUGUUGAGGGCGCAGCAUCUCCAGGAGAUGUGUUCGGCGAGGAGGACUGGAGGGCAUUUUGAUUGGAGUUGUCUAGCCGAAUUAAGUACUCCUCUCCUAGUCGCAGAAGAAUGGGGAGUUGCUGUUGCAGCUCUGCCUGUAGAUUGUGGGAUGGAUGGACCGCCCAGGGGGUUUCAAUAGCUCUACAUUCAUAGCGAGGUUGGAAGGCACCAAGUAGAGCCACGGCGAAAACGAAGACAUUCACCUUCAUCUCAGGAGAUUGGGAGGAAUCUGAGAAUGAAAUGUAGGUUAAUUUGUAUCAUAAUUAAAGUGAAGAUGCAUGUUAAGUAGCCUAGGCUGGGAGUGUCCCUUUGACAAAAAGUUGUAUUUUCAUAUGCCGCAAAGACUGAUUUUGUAUUUUACAUGUAUUUUAUUUGCAUUGAAAACAAUAAAAGCGGUUGCUUA